ACAAAUCUAAAAUGGGUCACCCUGUGACUUCCUGUCUCGCAAUGGAAAGCGGGCCUGAGAAAUGGUCUGAAGUAGACGUGCGUACGCACGAGCAUCAACUUUAAGCGUUGACAUGUCCUGUCAGGUGGUUACGGCGGUAUGAGAGCGUGUGUAUUUGUACGGCGGUUUGACAUUUUGCCGCGGCCACAAUUUGCACCAUCGGACCUACCCGGCACCAAACAAACGACUGGCGUGAAAACCGCUGACAUAAUAAAGCUGAAGGCAAAAACUUACAUAUAAAACACGAGCCUUGUCGAGUUGUGCUGUUUAAUUGUUGCCACGUGUUAGCUCAACUCAGUGUAUUUUUUUUUUAUAUCCCUCAACAACCUCAUCUGAGAAAACUUUUUCAGGUCGCAGCAACCAAAAGUUCCAAAGCCACAACGAAAGUAACCAAACCAAAAUGUGAUUUAUUUCUCUGCUGCCUAUGUUUUGCAUUCUAUACUGUGAUGAGGAAGGGGCAGGCCUGAGCUUUCCUCCCAAAAUAAACAGAUUGAGGCUGGUGAAGCGGGAUAAGCAAGAAGAAAAAGUCUCUCUCUCUCUCUCUCUCUCUAGCAUACGUGUAUACACACACAAGGAGGGUGGACUUGACAAUUUUCUUUUCCCGAUCAAACUUGCUGCAAAGACUUGACCGAGGUCCAAGCGCAAUGUUGGCUGUCCUGCUCAGCCUGUCUUUUGUUCACCUGGUGACACAGGCCGCCCCUCCCAACGCCGUUACUUGCAAGCGCUGCUGCGAUGACCUACAAUCGGGAGCGGACGGCACCGCCACGCCCGCGUCAGGAGCGUACGAGGUCCGAACCUACAUCAACAUGACCAUCCUAAAAGGGGACAAAGGCGACCGUGGUGAAAGAGGGACACCAGGUAAAAUUGGACACGAAGGACCUCCAGGAUCCAUGGGGCCCAUGGGCCCGGAAGGCUCCAAGGGCCAGGCCGGUCUUCCCGGACACCCCUGUAAAGUGGACUACGCCGCUUUUUCCGUGGGCCGUCGCAAGUCCCUCCACAGCCUGGAGGCCUACCAGGCGCUGAUAUUCGACACGGUUUUCGUCAACCUCGACAACCACUUCAACAUGUUCAGCGGCAAGUUCGUCUGCCGUACGGCCGGCAUCUACUUCUUCAACGUCAACAUUCACACGUGGAACUUCAAGGAGACCUACCUGCACGUAAUGCGCAAUGAAGCCGAGCAGGCCAUCGUGUACGCCCAGCCCAGCGACCGCUCCAUCAUGCAGAGCCAGAGCCUGAUGCUGGACCUGGGCCUCAACGACGAAGUGUGGAUCCGUCUGUAUAAGCGGGAAAGGGAGAAUGCCAUUUACAGCGAUGAUGUCGAUAUUUAUAUCACUUUCAAUGGAUACCUCAUCAAAGCAAGCUCAGAGUAAUAAUAAUAAUAAUAAAAUGUCAAGUUAUUCUUUUUUUAUUUAGAUAAAAUGACAUCUUCAAACAACAUUGUAUGCAGAAAAGAAGAAAUAAUAAAUGCUUUCGAACUUAA